GCCCCCCCCCCCCCCCCCACCCUUUUCCUUACUUCCAUCGCACUCGUCUCUCCAACGUGUUCCGGAGCAGUUUUUUUGGUGCGGUUUUAGUGCCGUUUUGGUUGGUCUCGUCACAGAAGGCUUAGGGUCGGAGGUUAGAAGGUCGCUUGUUUUUCGCCGUUGCCUUCAUCGCGUUGACUCGCGUUUCAUGGACUGAGGAAGAGGUUGCAACGAGCUCCUCGAGCCUUGCUCUGUCUGCGGUGUUAUAUUUCGUGUUGGUCUCGGGGGUCUCUUUUAUAUUGCAGGUGUACGCAUUGGCGUUCGCACUUAUGUGAGUUUACGUGGCGCUUUGCUGGAGUUGGUGCUAAUCCGUGGAUGGAGUCUUCUUAUGGUUUGCUUAGCCGUUUACUCGUGGACUCUCGGUUUUUUCCUACGAGAGUAUGGCUUGAUUCUGUUAGGAGACGACUUCAGACGGUUUCUGGGCCGGUUUUUUGGUGGAACACCAGGCAUAGCGUGGAAGCCUCGGAGCUAGUCCUCUUUGUCUAAUGUGAAAAUUCAUGAUUAAUAACGAAAUCGCGGAGGCGGUUAUGGAGAUUCGAAAUGAACUCGGCCAGGAGAAGGUCAGAGAAAGUUAGAAAACGGGUUGUGGCAUGCAACGAACGCGUCCAGGAUGGCCAGGGUACAGUAGUGUGCAGCCUGUGCGAGCGCGCAUAGGUCCUACCUUAGUAGAUUCUUUUCCUCCGUCUCUGGGGCUACUUCAAGGUUGCUGUGGAUGAGCGGAGCGUAGGGUUUAGUAUCGGCGCACACAAGUGAAAGUGUGGACAUACGCAAACCGCAGAAGCAGUGGAAGCACCUCGUUUACUCGGACAGAUGAAGAAGAUGCUGGACACGCGCUUCCCUGCUGGGUUUACUCGUUCUGGAAGAUUUCAAGAAUCAGUUGAUAGUAUACUGAAAAUCAAAUGAAUAAUGAAUCGCAUAGACGUUUACAGGCUGUUGCCCACGAGAUGUGGUAGUAAGUUGCCCCAUGUUGAAUGGCGAUUGAAGGUUAGAGCAGGUAAAAGUGACCUAAAGAGAAACGUGUUUACGAUGAGAUAUUAAGCUGCACACACACAUCGCGACAACAUUUUUCCGUGUGCUACUGUAUGCCCAGUAAUCAAUGCCAGCGAGCAACGAAAUCAAUUUAUCUUUGCUCGUCUCAGGCUCGAAUAAAAAAGAUUAUGCAAGCCGAUGAAGAAGUCGGGAAGAUCGCUGUGGCGACACCAGUGUUGAUUUCUAAAGCUUUGGAGAUGUUUCUUCAGAACCUUUGCGACAAAACUUACGAAAUUACUCUCCGGAGGGGCGCUAAAACCAUGAGUUCUAUUCACUUGAAGCAGUGUGUACAGACAAAUAGUGUGUUUGAUUUCCUACAAGAAAUUGUUUCUAAGGUUCCAGAUAUUGGUGCAGAAACUACCGGUGAGGAAAGAAUUAGUGGGAGGAGAAAGCAUUCAGAUGGAGACGAUAGUGAUGAGGAGGUGUUGAAACGACCCAAAUCGGAGGCUCAAUCAACGUCAGGUAGAGGUCGAGGUCGAGGGCGGGGCAGAGGUGGGGGACGAGGAAGAGGAUCUAAUGGGGGUGCUAGUGCACGCUUCGAUGGUGUUGAGAAAGCAGUAGACUCUGAUGAUGCAGAAAUGGAUGCAUGUUCACCAUCCUCCGAUCAUGAGGGCGUAAUUUUAGAUUCCAUAGUUCAUUUUCCUAAACCCAAAGUGGAGGAGGCGGUUAACAGAGAUGCUACUCCCACCUCGUCCGGCCCUGCGAGUAGGUCUUCAAAACUUCAUGGAUUCGAUUUAAAUAUUGAUUUAGAUGAAAAUGGUGAAAUAGCUCCUGCAAUUGAUGAACUAGUUGCCAAGGAAGAGGAAGAACAAGAAUGUGACGGGCCUGGUAAUGAAGCGACCAAGGAAUUGGAUGUACAUAGUGACAAUGUCUUAGGGGGCACAUUACAUAUGCAAGGGAGCGAACUCCAUUCCUCUGUACAUCCCGAUGAGGACGAUUAUGACUGAAGAUGAGGACGGUUAGUUGGGUUGUCCCAACUCAUUUGCUGUUUUUCCCCUUGAAACUGCCAGGUGUUUCUCCUGGCUUUUACCUACUGACAACACUGACUGCUUGUAUCGAAACUUAUGGGGUUGGCUCAGCCCCUGUCGCGUAAAUUUUACAAUUGUAUAUAAAAUACUUCGUCAUUGCAUCUAA